AUGCUUGGCUUAUUCAGGCGACUAGCCAGCACGGGGAUGCGCUACAAGAGCAAUCAUGCUAUCGUUGUCACUGACGACGCGUCCACUAUAGUGUGUUACCACCCAGAAAGUUCGUUCCCAUACGAAUUUACUAAACCAUUACCCGUUGACAAGGUGUUGAGCAACUCGGUGUUACAAGUACAAAACAAGGAAAAUGUAUACGAAGUUUUCACUAAGCCCAACAAUGAACUAGUUCAUCAGGAACUAAUGAAAAUGACUUACACUACCAAACAUCGAUGGGUACCGCCUAAGAAAUGGAAACGACGAUUCGCUCACCCAAAGCUUGUAGAUCGAGAAUAUUUGUAA